AUGUCGUCCUCAGAUUAUUCAUCCGACGAUGAGCAGCCAAAGAAGAAAGUGGAAGAAAAGAAGAAGGGAAAGAAACGCGGUGCUUCUGAAGAUGUAGAAGAGAAACCAGAAAAAAAUGAAGCGAAAAAAACGAAGAAUGACGAUAAGGACAAGCCAGAAAUAGGAAAAAUUAAGGAUGAUGCGGGAAAUGACAUGUUUGAGUUUGGAAAUCUGCGCUACGCUUCGGUCAGCAAUUUUAAAGGAAAACAAUAUCUCAACAUUCGCGAAUAUUACAUGGAUAAAAAUACUGGUAAAAUGAUGCCAAGCAAGAAAGGAAUAUCACUCACAAAACCACAAUGGAAUGCGUUGAAGGACUUGAUCCCAAUAUUGGACAAGAAAUUUUAA